CGUGAUACCGAAUCGCGCCGCAUAGUUUCACGCAUCGGCGCGGUAACGUUGCGAGUCAGCGGUUUUUUUCGCGCGUCCGCCGUCAAUCAUCACGGAAACGACUGCGCGUUACUUCGAGAGAACGGAGAAGGACGAAUGAUCGAGGCUUCGACCGCGACGUCAGCCGAGUCGAUUUUUUCGCGAUAAAUUCAUGGAUGAAGAAAUAAACAAUCAGCAUUCAUAAUCAACGCGGACGAUUUUCCUUAGCUAUUUGUCUCACGAUUCUGUCGUCACCGCAUUCGUCACAUCCACGUUCUUGAACUUGCACAACUUGACUUGGUCGUACGUAUGACGAUCAGUUACGAUCUAUCAACGGAGAGAGAGAGAGGUACCAGCGCGUCGAACCGCGAGAAGACUCGAGAAGUUACGAUCCACGCGAUCGACUAUUUUCCGAUUGUGUUAUAUCGCGAGCGAGUCAGUUUGUAGCCAGUUGGCUUUGUGGGAAGAAUUAAAACGAUUGAGAGGGCACCGAGAAGAAUGUCAACGACUCGAAGAGGCAGAUAAAAUUUUGUUGACUACAAUCCUCCCGCGGUAACUCGUGCAAGAUGAAGCUACUUACAGUCAUUCCUGCCUUUUUCCCUUGGUUAACGAUCGUCCAUUGCGUGUCGACCGCAAGAUUUUGUGGUCCGGAUACGAGAGACGAUUUUCAACGGGCGCACGUCGGCCUGAUUAUCUCGCCCAUAAUGUCCGCUCGAAUGAUACGGGAGAUCGAGAUUUAUUGGAAUCACGCCAGGUAUCGACCGGGCGAUACGAUCGCUCUUUACACGGGCGAGCCCACGAAUGGCCUCGAGCCAAUUUAUACCCUGAUACCAAAUGCGCCGAGUGGCAUCAAGAGGACCGGAGUGCAGGCCACGUUCGUUCCCACCUACAAUCUCACGUUCGUUCAGCAAUGCCUACAGUACCAUGUCGCCUGGCUGAGAAACGGCACAGUAAAACUGACAAAUUGUCUGCAAACGCAACCGCAAUGGAUGUCGGAGAGAAGGGCCAUUUUAGGGUCGCUGCCAAUGAGCAGAGUGUUCCUGCCCGGUACGCACGAUUCUGCGUCGUAUGCGAUACACGAACGGGCAAAUUCCGAGAACAUCGUUGAAAGAUACGUGAUAACGCAGGAUGUGGACGUGCUCGCGCAACUGAUCUACGGAGUCCGAUAUCUCGACAUCAGAGUCGGGCACUAUCCCAACACCAAUUCGGUAUGGUGGGCGAAUCAUGGAGUAUUUAAAUCUGUUCCUAUGCACACCGUCAUCAAUCAGGUGAAGACCUUCCUCGACAACACGAACGAGAUCGUAAUAUUUGACAUCCAGGAAUUUCCAGUUGGUUUUGGAAAAAAUCUGGGGGUACAUCACGACUUCGUUACAUUCCUCGAGGAACAAUUCGCCGGGUACUAUCUGCCGAAGAGUUACGGGUGGACUUAUAGUUCGCUGAAUAUAAUCUGGUCGUCUGGAAAAAGGCUUAUUAUCGGUUAUGACGAUAGACGAGUCGUCAAUCGCUACGAAAGUAUAUGGCCUUGCGUGACACAUCAAUGGGGAAACGUCAGGACUAUCGAAGACUUGUUUAACUAUCUCAAUCGCAUCGAAACGGAAAGUCUCGGACAUCCUAGAUCGGUACCAAGGUCGGCGAUGGCGGAAUUAACGCUCAACACGUGGGACGUGAUCUUAAACCGUCUCGGAAGUAUUCGUCAAAUGGCGGAGAAAGUUAAUAUCAACGUUACUAAUUGGUACAACAGCAAGUGGCAGAGCAGCGCCAAUAUUGUUGCCGUCGAUUUCGUCCGAUCGUCCGGUAUCAUCGAGACCGCAAUUGAAUGGAACGAAAGACGAAACUCGAAUUGUUAAAAACCUUCCCUAUUCCCAACUCACGCGAGAAGUGAAGAAACUAAAGUUCAUUAAUGCACCUUUAAUCCACAGUAUGCCGAACUGCAAAACCAAUUUUUAUACAAAUAGUACUUAAUAAUUUAUUAUUUUGCUUCUAUGAUUUUAUCUACGGUUAUAUGUUGUACGAAUAUUAAAUUUUAUACACAAGGCGGGCCAUUAGACAAUGUCUAAUAAAAAAUAAUGUAAAUAUCUUACAA